AUGGAGCAGCUUAACGGAACAAACGGCCAAACACAUAACGGCAACACACCGAAUGGGUGGAACGGCACCAUUAUGAAGUCCAAGGACACCUACGCACUGAUGCGGGAUUGCAACGCCAACUCCAGACUUACAGCGCAACACUACCUUUGGAAGGAACUUCUUGGUUUCUUGACCCAUCCAGACAUUCCAGUCGGGGAUGCCAACUUGAAAGUCGCUGAUGUAGCUACUGGAAAUGGAAUUUGGCUCCAUGACUUCGCUCGCGGCAAACCUUCAUCGGUCCAGCUCCACGGGUUCGACAUCAGCCUGGACCAAGUCGUGCCGCAACCCUGGCUACCGAACAACAUACAUAUGCACACCUGGAGCAUUUUCCACGAGCCACCAUCUGAGUUCGUGGGGUACUUCGACGUUGUGCACGUUCGACUCAUUACUGUCGUUGUGAAAAACAAUGACCCCCGGCCCGUUCUCGCGAACUUGAGGAAACUUCUAAAGCCAGGCGGCUAUUUACAAUGGGACGAAGUUGAUACAAUCAAUUGUUCGAUCCAGACCAUUCCGGGGAUCUCGGGAUCGAAUCUCGACAAGCUUUUUUCCCAGCUCAAGGGGAAUGAUACUUGGAAAGGCCAGCUCACAGACAUUAUGAAUGAAAAUGGAUACUCUGAUUCGUGCCUCUACUCGUAUUGGUAUGGCCACUGCAUGUCGCGUUUCUGGAGUGAUGUGUACGUGAGCACCUGGAAGGAAUUCGCGGACAAUGCGCUCAAAACUCCCGAAGUGUCGCGGGAGCUGGAGGCCAAGGCGAUGGAGGAAGCGAGAAGCGGGGCCGCGAUAUGGGUGCCGAAACUGGUUUGGGUUACGAGAACCACGCAAGACGGAACAGCUGAGAGAGAGUAA